AUGACCUCUACUCUAGGUCCACCACCGCCAUACUACGAGAACAGGGGCUUCCAGCCAGAGCCCCCCUACGCUGCCAGACCGGCAGCAGGUGCUCACCCCUACCCACAGCUCUUCGCCACAAACCCUCCCUCCGUGCCAAGCUACAUCCCCAGGGUUGCCACCCACCAGUCCACCAGGCCAGCAGCACCCCCACCCAGGAGAACCUGUGCAGCCAGUCUAAGGAAAACCAUAAUAAUUAUAUUAUCUAUAUUAAUAGUAAUUUGUUGUGCAAUUGCUGCUUUCUUCAUCUGGUAUUUUGUAGAGAACAACUGUCUGAGCUCCCUGAUUGAGUGUGGCUCCUCAGGGGUGUGCAUGUCCCCCUCCCAGUGGUGUGAUGGAGUGAGCGACUGCCCCAACGGGGAGGACGAGACCCGCUGUGUUAGACUUUUUGGACCAAAUUUUAUCCUGCAAGUUUAUUCACCUGUCAGCAAAUCCUGGUAUCCUGUUUGCCAAGAUGACUGGAAUGAUGAUUAUGGGAAAAUUGCAUGCAAAGACAUGGGCUACAGCGUGGAUACGUAUUUCUACAGUCGUCCGGUGGCACCUGACGUCAGCUUUAAGAGCUACAUGAAGCUGAACACAAGUGCUGGGAACAUAGACUUGUACAAAAAGCUGUACAGCAGUGGUUCCUGUGCCUCAGAAAGAGUGGUUUCUCUGCGCUGCAUAGAGUGUGGCCUGGCCACCAAGAGCGCGAGCAUCAUGAACAGGAUCGUGGGCGGCAGCGGCGCCGUGCUGGGCCAGUGGCCGUGGCAGGUCAGCCUGCACGUGCAGGGCACCCAUGUCUGUGGGGGCUCCAUCAUCACCCCACACUGGCUUGUGACAGCAGCACACUGCGUGGAAGGACGACUGUCUGACCCACACAGCUGGAGGGUUUAUGCUGGGAUUCUCAAUCAGGAUGAGAUGCUCUUCAGAAGUGGAUACAAAGUCCAACUGAUAAUUUCCCACCCAGAUUAUGACACGGACUCCAAAGACAAUGACGUUGCCCUUAUGAAGCUGGAGACACCACUGAGUUUUACUGAAAAUGUGAGGCCAGUUUGCCUGCCCAAUCCAGGAAUGAUGUUCCAGCCCAACCAGCAGUGCUGGAUAUCAGGGUGGGGAGCAGAGUACCAAGGAGGUAAAACAUCAAAUAACCUGAAUUACGUUGCGGUGCCCCUCAUAGAACGUUCCAGGUGUAAUGCUGUUUAUAUCUACAAUGGCAUGAUUCUGCCUACAAUGAUCUGUGCUGGAGACCUAGCAGGGGGAAUUGAUUCCUGUCAGGGUGACAGUGGAGGUCCUCUGGUGACUCACCACCACUCUGUGUGGUGGCUGGUUGGAGACACCAGCUGGGGCAGUGGCUGUGCCACUCCCAACAAACCUGGAGUGUAUGGGAAUAUGACUGUGUUUACAGACUGGAUUUAUAAAAAUAUGCAGGCAAACAGAUGA